AAUUUGGUGUAAAUCGCCAUUUCGGGCCCUUUCGUCCUUUCGCCCGGAUCUUUCGCAGGAUGCUUCCGUGAUGGCUCUCGAAUGAAGCCCAUUCCAAGUGUGUUCUAACAGGGAAUAGAAGACGACUGUUGUUACUUUCACUCAGGACACCAUCAUGAAGUACCAGAAACGAGGUUGGAAGAAUGAAGAGCUGCUGCUAAUCUUGCUGUUGCCAUUGCUAUUGUCCACAGUUCGUGCACAAGGACAGCUCUACUUUGCCAAUCAAGUCAACGAACGUGCCGGACCUUGCCCAGAUGAUCCCCUCCAGAUCGGCUACAGGCACAUUAUUGAUGUCAACAUCGAUCAGCGUUCGGAACUUGAGCGUAUCGACAGCGGAGAAGCCCCUCGGACGCCCUAUGUGUUCCCUCUCUGCAACUCAUUCAAGUACUUGAUAGAGCAAGAAAUGUUGGAAGUGGUGUUGCCGGAAGCUACGUUUGUAUGCGGUUAUAAUGGUUCCAACCAAGAGCUCUGUGUUUUGGAAGGUGGUGAUGUUCAAGUCAUGGUUUAUGAAAGUACUACCACUGCUGACAUGAAGGUCACAUUUCAGGGCCUCACCUUUGCGGAAUUCAACAAUGAGACCAUCCAGGUUCUCGGACCUUCCACAAUCACUUUCAACGACGCCCGCUGGUGGACGACUGCAGACUCUGCAAGCUGGGCCGUUCGAGUUGGCACUGGAACCAACGUCGUAAUCAAUAGUGGUACUGUUCGGGAAGGGCAAUUUGCCAAUCCCAUAUUUUACAACGCCGGAGGUACUCUCGCGGUGGAUGGGCUUGUCAUUGGCGAGGGCGUUCGGGCACCCUCGGUAGUUCAUACCACAGAUGGUGGGGAGAGUACGUUGACCAACAUGAAUGUCACCAUGGCUGAUCUUGUGCGCGUGACAGAGACCACCGAAAUUGGCUCGUAUCUGACUGCUAGCCAAAUCGUGGUAUCUGAGAUGAAUUCUCUCGGAAGUGUCUUCUUCGUCGAGGGAACAGGAAGUGGUCUGGCGGCCAGGGAUGUCCAAGUGGUCAACAAUAGACUUGCUGAUGCCUUUAUGCAAACCCAAACGUCUCGCAAUUUCAAUGUUCUCAUAGCAACGGAGGAAAGCACAGCCACGCUGACCAAUGUCCUCGUAUCUCAAAAUGAUGGCAUGGAUCGAGUGUUCAGUGCCAGUAGAGGUGCUGACGUCGGUGUGAUCGACGCUGUCGUCUCUGAUGUUGUUGGAACAAGCCCACCUGACCUGUUGAGCAACAUUGCAAUGGCAGAAGAUGGAGGAUCCAUGAACGUCAUGAGAUUGCAAGUCUCUGACAUCACCUCCUUUAGUGCUGUUUACUUCGCGAUCUGUGGCAGUCACAUCCAAGUUGUCCAGUCUUGUAUCCAUGGAGGGAGAGUUGCGACACCGGCAUUCGUCUCGGCCGACUCAACCUUUAGCGGAGAAGGCAACUACAUUGCUAGUGAGGAUUCAGUCGCCAAAGCCACGAAAAUCGUUUUGGCAGACCGGUGUGGGAACGUUGAAACGGCUGUCUUCAGUGAGACUUCUUUGGAUUCCACUUGCUUUUCACAAACAGGGACCGGCUCUUGCGAAGGAUCCUGUGUGGAGGGCUUUGCAGAUUCGACCCAAUGCCUGGCGGCUGAGUCCGCGACGAUCUCGUUGACGCCGCAGCCACCACCAAGUCCGACACCGAAUCUGAGCUGUCCAGCGUCCCCACCUACUCCCGUUCCAACUCUCCCCCCGACGAUUCCACCAUCCCUUUCAGAACUCCCAAAACCAGUUCCUCGACCGGACGAAUCCCCCUGCCGAGCCAAUUUCCAGUGUUCUUCUGGCUAUUGUAGCGUGAACCGCAUAUGUGAGCCUCAAAAGCAGACAGGUUCACCUUGUGACAGUCACCAGGCUUGUGCGUCUGGACGAUGCAGCAGUGAUGUGUGUAUUGUCCAAGAACCGCCCGGCAGCGCUUGCCUCGUACACGAGGACUGCGACGAAGGCUACUGCAGUGAAGCCAGUUCCUGUUUGCCCUUACGAGGUAAAGAAGAAUCAUGCGACGAGGAUGCCGAGUGUCGUUCUGGGCGUUGCACUUUGAAUCCAAGGCGUUGCACUUUUACAAUCCAGGAAGGCGCCCUAUGUGGGAAAGAUGCGGAUUGCUUUGAUGGGCGCUGCAAGAAAGAUAGAGGUAUAAAUCAAUGUGUGGCCCGCAAGGAGAAUGGUGACGAGUGUGUGGACAAUAGUGAUUGUCUCUCUUUGCGAUGUGAGAACCAAAUCUGUGCCGAACCCGUUGGCCUGGAGGAAUCGUGUGACGAGCCCUCCGAUUGCUACAGUUUGUUUUGCAACGCUGCCCGCAGAGAGUGCGUGCUGUGCUCCAACGAGAUUGAAGCCACGGAUGACACUGAGCCAAACGACCUUGAGUACGGCAUAUCAGGGAGUGCGGUUGCUGAACUAGCCAAUGGGUGCCUCAAUGUUUGAUGCGUGGCAGGGUUGCUUUAUAGAUGAUGGUUCUGCACUCUGGAUCGUAUGUGAGCAAAGCUUUGCCCCGGGCCAUCUAGAUAGCGAAAGCAUGGUGUAUUCGGCCAAGAGUUGGUGCCGAAUCUCACAAAGGCUGCCAAAAACCCUGAGCAAGCUGGAGGGAAGAUAGAGGCAAAAAAGGGGGCGGGGCAUUUGCUUGCUGCCGGCUGCCCCUCCCUGAGGGCAACGAAGCAAACGUCUACUGCUACUAGCCCGCUAGCUUGCGCUGUUGGGGAAUCACCGAUUUUCCAAUUUGCCGUCAGUUGGGUAGCAUUCUCCAUUUUAUUGUAUUCAUAUGUUUUGUC